ACUUUUAUUGUUUAUUGAAGUGGAAUUGAACACAUAUCAGGUUUAAUUAGUUUUAUUUGUUUAUUUUUAGAUGUUAGCUCUCCAGGAAGGUGGACAGUCCACAGGUAAGGUUUCUUCUGUAAAGUAGAGCUUGUUGCAGAUGAUAUGGAGCCUCCACGAGCCGCCCUUCUCUCACGCAGUGGUGAGGUUCAUGGAUGUGCUGACGAAGAGCGUGUGCCAACCCAUGGAGCAGCUGGUGGAUGUGGUGCAGGAGUUCCCCGACCAUGUGGAGUACAUCUACAUCCCUUCGUCUGUCCCACUGAGGAGGUGCUCCGGCUGCUGCUUGGAUGAGGAGCAGAAGUGUCACCCCACCUCUCUGAGAAACAUCACUCUGCAGGUGAAGCGAGUUUUCAUGAUGUCACAGGAAGUGGAACUCACAUUUACAGAACAUCAAGCAUGUGAAUGCAGAGCCAAAAGAAAACCUAAAAACAUUAAACGCAAGAAGAUGAUGAAGAGGAGACAGAUGAAGAAACAGGAACAGAAAGCAAGCUGCUGUGGAAAGUCGCAGCUCCAACGAAAGAAGACAAAUCUUGUAUGAAGAACAUCAUGUUUUCAACGUUUCUGCAGCAUGCCAUUUUAAUUUCUUUUUAUUAAUGUAAUGUUUGAUAAAUUAUACUGAGCUGUUUAUUAUGUGGAGUUUGGACAAUGCAUCUUUUGUUGCAGAGCAGUUUUAAAUGUAAACUUUAUUUAAAUACAAGGAAACCAAAGACGUGACAUAAUCAAUGUAUGAAAAUUGAUUGUAAAACUGUUUAAUAAUUCUUCAUUUGAAGACUAAGCUCUGAAAUAAAAUUAAUUUAAUAAGUUUU